CUUACGUUCAUCUCAUCCUGAUCGUCGGUGACCAUCUCACAUGCCUUCUUCAGAUGCCUCUCACUUCUUCCUUAUAUCCGAUAUUCCUUCCAUGCCACUUUUUUGGUUAUUUUUUAGUGCCCAUCCCGAUAAACCACCAUGCCGCCACCAUCACUUUUGCAGCUCUGCACGGCGACUGCGAUUAGGAACGUGAAACAGUUAAACGACAUCGGCAACAUUCCCUAUGUACUUGCUCGACCAUUUCUACUGAAAGUGGAGAGUCCUGAGAAACUGAGAACUCUGGAGCUACAGUCCCCACAUUUGAUGCGAGAUGACGAAGAACUCUGGCUAGAGUUUAUCAAGAGAGAUAUCCCGCGAUGGGACGAAUACGAUCUGCCAGAGAAACCCGAUUGUUGGUAUGACGUAUAUUGUGACCUCCGGGAACAAGUCCAACGGGCAGUGGAAGAGGAUGCUGAAAAGCUGAAGAUGGCUCUAGAUGGCAUCAGCUCGGAGCGUCAGGAGAAGAGUGCCAAACUCGUUACCGACCGACGAAUCAUCGGUCUUCCCCGAGAGAGGCCGACCGCGAGGCAACGAUAUGCUUCAUACGAUCGGAGAUUUGGCGGCUCACCAACGUCGUCAUCCUCAAUGCCCCCCUGGGCUUUUGGUAGGCCGAGGGAGACAAAGAAGAAGAAUAGCAUAUUCACGGCGACGAAGAGGAAUAACGUUCUUGCUGUGCCCACAAAGCACCUUAAUAACAGAGCUACCCAGGUUAGACAGGCUCCGCGCUCUCUUAUCGAGGACCAUAUACGUCCUGCUGAGCCCCCUGUCGCUCGACGCAAGGAGGCCCCAGCUCUGAGAGUGCCCGGUCGGUCACGUCCCCAGAUGAGUGCGCCCUCCGUGAGUCAGAAUAGUCUCGAAGUUAGCCCCAGCUUGCGGGAAAGAGAGGCUCGCUUACGAGCAAUAACCCAAUCGCAUAGCCCUGCUACAGCCAGUAGGCCUAUGGCAGGAAGAAGUGCACAGGCAUCACAGCCAACAAGAGGCCCGUCCGAGUCUCUAUCAGGGGUUGCAGCCAAGAAACAGACCUCCCAACCUCUCGGUAACAGUGCGACUGGCUCUCAUCAGAAGUCUGCCGUAGAGGACAUGCCAGCGUCUCCGCCACAGCCACCCCGUCCGGCAGUGGUCCGCAAACGUCCUGCCCCGAACCUCUUCAUUCAACCAAAGAAGAAGAAACUGAACUGAUUGGACAUAUGCUGGUCCCAAGAAAGUCAACCUGCAUUAUUAGAUACACAAAUCACUCAUAAUAUAUAGGAAUGGUGUUUAGUACUGGCGUGAGUCUGGUUCAUCGUUUCAGCUGAUGGCGUUUUGCAAAUGAUACCACAGAAGGCGUUCUUUCGAUCUCAUACACCUGGAUAUCGCAGGCUCAGAUCAGGUGCUAUAAUAGGCAUUUUGCAUGUUCCACCAGGGAUCUUACAACUUAUAUCGGUAAAAUGCUGCGCAGCAAUAUGUUUGGCGAACUCAAUGGAGUGCAACCUUUGGUUCUCGAGCAUAUCAUCC